UUAAAACUCGAACAAACCUCAAUGAGAGAUAUUAAGAAUACUUGUCUCUUUUUUAUCUCAAUUUACAUUAUUUGUUUUCUUUAAUUAUUUAAUAUAUAUCGUGUGAUUUAAUCACUCUAUAGAGUGAAAAAAUUCAAAAACAAUGAUGCAACAUCAGUAUUGGGUAACCAAAAAGACUGUGUUAAAAAAAUUGGGAACCAAAGAAGACGAAUGUAUCGUUUCUUCAGACGCUGAACUCGAUGCAAAAUUAGAAUUGUUUCGAUCAAUAUCUGAUAGCUGUUUGCAACUACAACGGGUUUUAGAUCAGUAUCAACAACGAUUAUGUAUUUUGGCUCAAGAGGAAAACACAUUAGGAAAGUUUCUGCGUGAUGCUGGUAAAGGUUCAGAUGCUUCAGGCAAGCAUAUGAUAUCUGCUGGUAAGGCGAUAUCUUAUUCUGGCCAGCAGCGAUUAUCAGUUCGGGGGCCAUUGUUGAGACUUUAUCAUGAAGUAGAGACAUUCAGAGGGCGUGCUGUUAGCGAUAUGCGUGCUACAGUAUCAGCUAUGGAAAAAGCCCGUAUCGAAUAUCGCGCGGCGCUCAGUUGGAUGAAGUCGACAAGUGCGCAGCUGGAUCCGGAUACAGGCCGCGGCCUUGAUAGUUUUCGGAAAGCACAACGCCAAGUACGCGAGAGUAAAAAGCUUUUUGAUAAAUUAACACUUGAUGUCUUACAGAAGAUUGAUCUUUUAGCUGCUGCAAGAUGCAACAUGUUCUCCCAUGUUCUUUCAAAUUAUCAAAGUUCCUUUACAACAUUUUCAACAAAAGUGGUCCAAACCUUACUUGCUACAGCUGAUACAAUGAGUUCUACUCCACAGUAUGAAUUUUGUAUAUUGAAAGAAUUAUCUCAGAAUUUAGAAGGAGAGUCCAAGCAGCAAGAUGUUGUGCCACAGGAUAAGGACCAAAUGUUAUUUUUCCAGGAUGAAUAUAAAGAUGACAAUAACCAUGACAAAAAAAUUGAAAAGAAUACUGAAAUCAAUAAUGAUAAUGACAAACAACCUCCAUCCACUUCUAAUGCAACAGAUACAUCAAUAUCAACUCUAAUAGACACUGGUUGCAUCGAGUCAGAAAAUACUGGUGAAAUCCCUGGAGUAAUUUCAGAUUUGGCUGGGCUACGAUUAGAUUGUGGUGACAUGCCUACCAACUUUAGCUCCUUUAUGCCUUCCCAGUUGCUACAAGAGUCAACUGCUUCCAGCAUGUUCCAAAACCCUCUAACACCAAGCACCAAUAACAACAAAACAUCGAAUACGCCUCCACAAAAUUACCCUGUUGGUCCACUGGCUCCAAAAAAGGAUGAUAAGGCUGCCUGGUUCAAGUUGUUUGCUGAAUUAGACCCCUUGGCCAACCCAGAUAACAUUCCUGGUACUAAUACCAGUCAAAGUCAUGCUGCAUAACUUUAAUUCACUUUUAUAUAGAUAGAUUUAUUUUAAUCACCUAUAAUAAUUUUAUAAACCCCUUAAUAUUUAAAAAAGAUAAGCAUAAUGAGUAUUUUCCAAAUAUAAAAGUUGAAGCUAUGAUUAUUAGGUAAUCAACUGUGUGAUUGUCUAUUAAAUUUUCUAUAAUAUGUUGUUUUCACUAGUUGAUUCAGAUAAUUAUUUAUUGUAAUAAUUUUAAUAUAACUGAGUGUUAAUUAUGCAUUCCAAUUCUGUUAAUUUUUGUAAUUGUAGCAAUCUAUGUAACAAACAUGUCUAUAAACAAUGUACCUAUCAAAAUAUAUAUAUAAAAAUAUAUAACAAUUAAAAAAAAAAAAAAAAACUAAAAACAAAUAACAUCCUAGGAACAUUAUCGCUCCAAUUGCAUUUAUCUUUCUAUGCAGACAUUUGAAGGUUUGUAUCUUAUUUUACAAUGAUGCUUCUCUGGCCUGUGGCACAGAUAAUACUGUAGCUGUUUACCAUCAGGCAAAUAGAUGGAUAUGUUUCAUUGCUCAUAUAAAAAAUCUGAAAUCCUCCUACAUCCUAUCUAGAAUCUACUUAAUUUAACUGAUUUGUUGGCUUUAUUAAAUUAUCCACUCAAGAACCCCUAAAGGUUGCAAACCAAGUGCAUCCAUAACGUUAUUUUUAUUUUAUUUGUUAUUUACAUUGUAUGUAGUUUUAGCUUUGUGCAAAUUUUAUUUUAUUAUUUAAUUAUAAAUGAUUUAAUAUUCCAAUGAAAAUAUAUUACAAUUACUAUGUGAACCUGCCUCCUAUGGAUAAGAAAUCGUUAUUUGCAUUAAACAUCAAGUUGGUAUGUUUUGCUUUGCAACAAACAAUUUUUGUUCUGCAAUAAAAAAAAAUAAAAAAAAAAAACAUUAUAAAAGCUACUGUUUUCAUGAUUUAUAAGGAACCAACGAAUGAGUACUUAAAUUGCAAUCAAUUACAAAAAGAAUAUCAAAAUCGAUUUCAAAUUUACGAUUAAAUAACUACACACAAAUACUACACAUAAAAAACUACAGGCGAACCCCUUCCUUUUGGAAGUUUAAUAAUAACAUUCUUAUCAUUAUACCACAACAGUCAAAGCGGCUAACUAAGAGACGCCAUUUCUUUAAAAUUUUAAUUUGAUUUCGCAUUGCAAUCUUUUCUCUAAGAACCUAAUAUAUAAAGAAAUAUGUACAAAUGGUAAAUGACCAUCAGACGGGCUGUGCUUGUUUGCCACCUUUGUGCUAUAAAAAAAAAGAGUAAUAGCAUUUCAGAAUUGACUCCAAUGUUGCUAUUGCUGUCUUUUUGGUAUGGGCACUAUUACGUCUAUUAUUUUUUUUUAUUUAUUUAUCUUAUUUAUAUUAUAUAUGUACUUAAUAAUUUGAAUAACAAACUAAUAUCCUAUUUUAAAAAACCCUAGUCACUAGAUAUGUUAAUGUUUAUAUUGCCAAAGAUUUAGUUUUAGUUUAAUUGGAAUUUAUUAUUGAAAGUGAUUAUGAAUAUACUUAUUCUAAAUGCAUUCCAUUUUUGUGUAUCCAUAUGAAAUAAAAUUAUGAUUAUUACAUAUGUAUUGUAUUA